CCCGCGUUUGCACAGGCUGAGCCGCGGAGCUGGCUUGCAGCUGCAGGGCCAUGAAGGUGGCUCUCUGGGUCUUGGACCUUGGCAUCCUCCUCCUGAGGACCAGGGCCGCCCCCACUGGUGGACCCGAUGACCUGCGGUUGGCCUACCGGCCCAGUCCAUGCGACGGGGUGGUGCUGGUCUGGCAUGAAGGGGCCUGGGGACACGUGUGCAACUGGCAGUGGACGCUGAAGGAGGCGUCCGUGGUCUGCAGGCAGCUGGGCUGCGGCCGGGCUGUGGGCGCCCCCAAGUAUGUCCCGCUGCCCAGAGAGGCGGUGCGGCCCUGGCUCCACAACGUGUCCUGCAGGGGAGACGAGGCCUCCCUCUGGGGGUGCAGCCUGGGGCCCUGGACGAAGAGCGAGUGCCCCUACGAGUGGGUGGUGGUGGCUCUGUGUUCCAGUGGCACUUUCCGGGAGGUGCGGCUGGUGAAGGGCCGGAGCCCCUGUGCGGGGCUCCCUGAGAUCAGGAAUGUGAACGGGGUGGAUCGUCUCUGUGGCCUGCACCGGGAGGAGGCCACGGUGUUCUGCCAGGAGCUGGGGUGCGGCCCUGCCCUGCAGGCCCCCCGUCAAGAUGGCAGCGUUGCCAGGAAGUACAUGACUUGUGUGGGCGAUGAGCUGACCAUCCGGAAUUGCAGACUGAACAACAAGUUCCGCAGUGGCUGCGACUUCCAGCGAGAUGCCCAGGUGGUCUGCUCAGGACACAUGGAGGCCAGGCUGGUGGGUGGCGAGCACUCCUGUGCUGGGCGCCUGGAGGUGAGGCGGGGCCUGACCUGGGGCACCGUCUGCGACGCUGACCUGGACCUGGCCACUGCCCACGUGGUGUGCCGGGAGCUGCAGUGCGGCACGGCCGUGUCCACACCCAAGGGCGCCCACUUCGGCCAGGGCUCGGGGCUCGUGUGGACCGAGGCCUUCCGCUGUGUGGGCAAUGAGUCCCUGCUGUUCCACUGCCCUCGGGGCCCGGGGCACCAGUGUGGGCACGGCCAGGAUGCGGGGCUCAGGUGUUCAGAGUUCCGGCUAGUCAACGGCAGCAGCGCCUGCGAGGGGCGCGUGGAGCUCCAGGUCCAGGGGGCCUGGGCGCCCCUCUGUGCCGCCCACUGGGACUUGGCAGACGCCACUGUCCUCUGCCACCAGCUCGACUGUGGGAAUGCGGUGGCCACGCCCCCAGGGGGCCACUUUGGGGGCGGGGCCUCCGCCCUCUGGCCAGACAAGGUGCACUGCGUGGGGACAGAGUCCCACCUGUGGGACUGCCCCGUGAGCACCCUGGGGGCGCCCGCGUGUGGCCCCGGCCAUGCAGCCGCCGCCGUCUGCUCAGGUCUCCCCGACGCCCUGCGGCUGAGGGACGGACAGAGCCGCUGCGAUGGCCGCGUGGAGGUGUCCCUGGACGGGGUGUGGGGCCGCGUCCUGGACGAGGCCUGGGACCUGCGCGGCGCAGCCGUCGUCUGCAGGCAGCUGGGCUGCGGCGCGGCGGAGCGAGCUUACGAGGCGGCGGCGCCCGCGCGCGGGACGGUGCCCCUGGGGCUCAGCCGCGUGCGCUGUGCAGGCACCGAGCCCCGCCUGACGCGGUGCAGCGUGUCCGCGGCCCCGCUGGUGUCCGCGGGGGUGUCGCGGGACGCGGGCGUCGUGUGCUCCGGGAGCCUCCAGGUGCGCCUGGCCGCGGGGCCGGGCCGCUGUGCGGGGCGCGUGGAGCUGCUCCACGCGGGCGAGUGGGGCACCGUGUGUGACGACAGCUGGGACCUGCGGGACGCCCAGGUGGUCUGCCGGCAGCUGGGCUGCGGGCACGCGCUCAGCGCCCCGGGGGCCGCGCACUUCGGGGCCGGGGCCGGGCGCAUCUGGAUGGACGAGCUGGCCUGUGAGGGCCACGAGGCCGCGCUGUGGCGGUGCCCGUCGGGAGGCUGGGGCCGACACGACUGCGGCCACAAGGAGGAUGCCGGUGUCCUCUGCUCAGAGGCAGUGGCCCUGAGGCUGCGCGGUGGCGCCGGGCCCUGUGCCGGGUGGUUGGACGUGUUCCACAACGGAACGUGGGGGGCCGUGUGCAGUAACGCCCUGAAGGACGCCUCCUUGUCCAUCAUCUGCCAGCAGCUGGGCUGCGGGGAGCAGGGCUGGCUGGAGAACAGGCCGGGGCACAGCAGCCUGGGCACCUCCUGGGUGGACAACAUCCAGUGCCGCCGGCUGCGGAACUCCACGCUGUGGCAGUGCCCCUCAGCCCCCUGGCACCCGCGCUCUUGCACCCGUGGAGAGGAAGUCUGGAUCACCUGUGCAGGAUCAUCAGGGACAACGACGCAGGAUUCCGGGGAGGCCCUCAAUUGCUCCUUGAUGGGCAGCUGCCCAGAGGAGGGCGAGCUGCGCGUGCGCGGGGGUGAGGACCGCUGCUCGGGCCGCGUGGAGCUCUGGCACGCGGGCUCCUGGGGCACCGUGUGUGAUGACUCCUGGGACCUGGCGGACGCCGAGGUCGUGUGCCGGCAGCUGGGGUGCGGCCGGGCUGUGGGCGCCCUGGCGGGGGCCGCCUUCGGACCAGGCUCGGGGCCCGUGUGGCUGGAUGAGGUGGGGUGCCGGGGCAGCGAGGCCUCCCUGUGGGGCUGCCCGGCGGAGCCGUGGGGCCGCGGAGACUGCGGGCACAAGGAGGACGCGGGCGUGCGCUGCGCGGGUGACAGAGAGGCCGUCACCCUACAUUCGGCAUCAGGCAGCCCUCUGGUCCUGGCGCCUGCCCUGGAGGCUGGGACUCUGCCCAUGACCCUCGGCCUGGCCCUCGGCCCCCUGCUGCUCAUCAUCUCCCUGGUCCUGGGGUCUUGGUGGUUCCGGGCCAGAGGUGCCUGCAGGGGUUCUGGAAUGCUGGGGAGCCUGCCCUCAGAAGGUGUUUAUGAGGACAUUGGAGCUGCCCCCGCCGGGGAGAAAGACGAGGCUGCUGGAGCGUCCGGGGCCGCGGUGCCGGAGGAGGAGUAUGACGACGUGGCGGAGCCCGAGCCCGAGCCCGAGCCCGAGCCCGAGGAGGGCGACGCGGAGGAGGGCGACGCGGAGGGCGACGCGGAGGGCGACGCGGAGGAGGGCGCCCCCCUGAGUCCCACGGUGCAGGCGGGGCUCUUCAUAGCCCGGGCCUCCUCACACCUCAGGCUGGGAAGGAAGACCCCAGUGGCCUCUGCCCUGGGACGUGCUGACCACGAGCCGGCUGCAGGGGACAUCAGUGAGACCAGGGCAGGGGAGAGGCCAGUGUGCCUGGGGCUUUCAUCCUCUUUGUUUCUUAAAGAAUGCAAAGCCCUGAGCAUGAUGGCCAGCAGCACGCGGCACCCGCUCCCUGUCCCCAUGCGUCUCCCACUAGAAGGGCGGGCCCCCAGCCAGGGCCUGGUGAGCAGCGACCGCUGGGCGGGAGGGCGGGAAGCAUGGGUGUCUGCAGGUGGCGACGCCCCCACCUCCGCAGCGGCCAAGGGAGAGAGGCCUCGCUCCCUGCUCCAGGGCAGGCGGUGCAUGGGCCUCGCUUGGGGCUGCGCGCUGGGGCCGUGGGGCCGUGGGGCCAUGGGGGCUGCCCGUGUGGAUGCGGUUCAGGGGACUCUCACCUUCACGACCAUCUGCUGCGCGGCGCUCCGACCCCACCCCCAGGCCAACCCCACCGCCUGGCCUGUGGCCGAGGGAGGCUCGCCUCUGGCCCUCUCCGCUCUGGCGAGGAGCCCACCGAAGCUCUGGAAGCCAGAGGGCAAGGGGCGCGUUCCUGCGGCGAUGCCGGGCACCUGGCUGCGUAGCUUGAUGCUCCUUCCGGCCGCCUCCCUCCCCGGGGUCCUGGGAGGGAGGGAAGGGCCUUUCUGCCCCAGUGCCCUGAUUCCUGCACGCGGAGAGAUGCCCUCAUGGCGGCAGGGCUCAGGCCCCCGGGGGCUUCUGUGCCCCCGAGUGGAGGUCAGUCACCUCCGUGUGCCCUCCCCUGCCCUGCCCCAGCCCCAGGGCCCCCGGCUGCUGCAGGGCCAGGCGAGGUUCUCCCACCCCAGGGCCUCGACACUGGCUGCCUCUGCCCCAGAAGUCUUCUCUGUGACACUCCCCAGCUGCGUUCUUUCAGCGUCCACUCCCAGCGUCCCCACCUGGACGUGCGCUGUCUCCCCUCUGCCCCCACCGUCAGCCUGCGAAUGCUGCCUUGGCCGCGCUGGCCUCCUCCGCGGGGCGCGGGGCCUCCAUCGGGCCUGCCUUCUCGGCCUGAGCUUGUUUCUCCGCUUUGUCACGGCCUCGGACUUGGCAUUCCCGUCUCUUCACUUCCGGCACAGAAACACUCCUGCUCUCCCCUCCCGGCAUUCAGCCGUCGGCACCGGGCAGGCCUUGCGCCACCAGGGCCAAGGACGCCCACUUCAGUGGUGCCAGGCACCCGGAGCUGCACGCCUCCCAGUGACCGCGGCUCAGGGCUACAGGCGGCUGGGGCGGCCCCCUGAGGCCUCUGCAGCCGCACCUUCUGCCGGGAGGCAUGCUUGUCCGGAUAGAGGCACCGCCCAGGGCCGCCCUCCUUGCACCUACAGGGGUCCAGGGGCAGCGCAGCCCCAGGGUGUUUGCUGUGGCAGCUGGGCAGGCGGCAUCAUGAGGCUCCCUCUCUGCCUCCUGGGCCUUGGGCCCCUUGUGCUCACCCUCCAGGCUGCUCUCCCAGGAGUGGCCCCCGAGGAGCAGCUGACCAUCUUCCUUCACAUCACCCUCUGCAACGGGAUCCUGCUGCUCCGACACCGAGGCCAGCUGGGCACCGCGCGCACAGACACCUGGGGCUCCCCGGAGGCCGCAGUGGUCUGCAGGGAGCUGGGCUGUGGGGCCCCCUUGGGUGCCCCCAGGGAGGUCCCGGGUCCUGAGAUCAUGGCUCAGCCCUGGCUGCAUGGCCUGACCUGCCAGGGCAACGAGUCCUCCAUCCAGGAUGGAGGAGCCAGGCAGGGGGACCUGGGAGCUGGGAGCUCGGCCGUGAGGAACGGGGAGGACCCACUCCCCAAGGAGCAGGCAGGAACCCUGCAGCCUGAGAGGUGUACCUGCAAGGCCAGUGACAUGGCUGCCUUCUCUGAGACGCGCUCCUUUGCAGGGGGUCUGGAGGUGGUGGUAAAGCUGGUGGGUGGAAGGAGCCCCUGCGCUGGCGUCCUGGGGCUGGAGCACUUCAACCAGACACUAACUUCCUGUGACCCGCAGUCAGUCGAGGCCGGCACUGUCUUCUGCAAGGAACUGGGGUGCGGCUCAAUGCUCCAGGCUCCCAGCCCCCCACCAGAGACAGAAGGUCCCAGAAAGGGGCAGCAGUUUGUUGUCUGUGAGGGCUCUGAGCCAGCCGUCCUGAACUGCAAGAUCAACUGGGCAAACUUCAAGCCUUGUGUCUCACAUGGUGAGGUGAUCUGCUCAGAACCUCAGUCACAGAAGCAGCAGGAGGAGUGGGUGCAGGGCAGCCGGCUGGUGCCUUUCUCUGCACUUCUCUCCAGAAGGGUCACAGGCACCUGCCACCAUGCAGUGCUUAGAGGCAGCCUGGCGGUGGGGGCAGAAACACGAAGAUGGCCGUCCAGGAGGGAUGGCCACAACUGCUUUGUGACCACUGCGGACCAACGUGUGGCAAGACACAUGGAGGCCAGGCUGGUGGGUGGUGAGCACUCCUGUGCUGGGCGCCUGGAGGUGAAGCGGGGCCUGACCUGGGGCACCGUCUGUGACGCUGACCUGGACCUGGCCACUGCCCACGUGGUGUGCCGGGAGCUGCAGUGCGGCACGGCCGUGUCCACACCCAAGGGCGCCCACUUCAGCCAGGGCUCGGGGCUCGUGUGGACCGAGGCCUUCCGCUGUGUGGGCAAUGAGUCCCUGCUGUUCCACUGCCCUCGGGGCCCGGGGCACCAGUGUGGGCAUGGCCAGGAUGCGGGCUCAGGUGCUCAGCCUCCCUCUCAGGGUGCAGCUGGCCCAGCUCCAAGGGGCCUCCUUCCAGGAGAGUUCCGGCUAGUCAACGGCAGCAGCGCCUGCGAGGGGCGCGUGGAGCUCCAGGUCCAGGGGGCCUGGGCGCCCCUCUGUGCCGCCCACUGGGACUUGGCAGACGCCACUGUCCUCUGCCACCAGCUCGACUGUGGGAAUGCGGUGGCCACGCCCCCAGGGGGCCACUUUGGGGGCGGGGCCUCCGCCCUCUGGCCAGACAAGGUGCACUGCGUGGGGACAGAGUCCCACCUGUGGGACUGCCCCGUGAGCACCCUGGGGGCGCCCGCGUGUGGCCCCGGCCAUGCAGCCGCCGCCGUCUGCUCAGAGGCAGUGGCCCUGAGGCUGCGCGGUGGCGCCGGGCCCUGUGCCGGGUGGUUGGACGUGUUCCACAACGGAACGUGGGGGGCCGUGUGCAGUAACGCCCUGAAGGACGCCUCCUUGUCCAUCAUCUGCCAGCAGCUGGGCUGCGGGGAGCAGGGCUGGCUGGAGAACAGGCCGGGGCACAGCAGCCUGGGCACCUCCUGGGUGGACAACAUCCAGUGCCGCCGGCUGCGGAACUCCACGCUGUGGCAGUGCCCCUCAGCCCCCUGGCACCCGCGCUCUUGCACCCGUGGAGAGGAAGUCUGGAUCACCUGUGCAGGAUCAUCAGGGACAACGACGCAGGAUUCCGGGGAGGCCCUCAAUUGCUCCUUGAUGGGCAGCUGCCCAGAGGAGGGCGAGCUGCGCGUGCGCGGGGGUGAGGACCGCUGCUCGGGCCGCGUGGAGCUCUGGCACGCGGGCUCCUGGGGCACCGUGUGUGAUGACUCCUGGGACCUGGCGGACGCCGAGGUCGUGUGCCGGCAGCUGGGGUGCGGCCGGGCUGUGGGCGCCCUGGCGGGGGCCGCCUUCGGACCAGGCUCGGGGCCCGUGUGGCUGGAUGAGGUGGGGUGCCGGGGCAGCGAGGCCUCCCUGUGGGGCUGCCCGGCGGAGCCGUGGGGCCGCGGAGACUGCGGGCACAAGGAGGACGCGGGCGUGCGCUGCGCGGGCCUCCCCUGAAGCGUGUCCUCAGGGCCCAUGUGGGGACCUGUGGAGUCCAGCCAGGCACCCCUGCCAGGCUCACAGGGGACCCUGCCUACCACCAUGGCCAUCAUCAUCCUGGGGGCACUGCUCGGCCUUGUCUUCAGUGGGCUGGCGGCUAGGAUGUUGCUUGGGAAGCUGCGGGGCAGGGGUGACCUGCCUGCAGAGGACACGCCCGUCACGCUGCAGGCAGGUAGCCCCCUGCAGAUGGGACAGGAGCCCCCCUUGCAGGCGUCCUCGGGCUCCAGCUAUGACGACAUGGGCGCGGCGUGCACAGGGCUGUGA